ACUUGAAAAAAGUGAAAAAAAAAGUUAUUUAGUAGCUCAAAAGUGCUUUGAGGACUUUACCAUGUAUCAAUAUUCUGGAUUUCAAAAUUUAACCGUCUUCGAUAAGGCAACGCCCGACAUGCUUUAUCUCAUUGACGUUCAUUGGAAGCAAUUUCCCCCGAUGAAUCCGUUGUGGCAUAGCAUCUUGGCUUUUGUACUCCUAAUUUUGGGCGUUAUUUCGUGCGUUGGUAAUCUCGUCGUUUGUCAAGUGUUUCUUUCGACGAAAUCUUUGAGGACCCCGUCGAACAUGCUCGUCGUGAAUUUGGCAUUUUCGGAUUUUAUGAUGAUGUUUACGAUGUGCCCGCCAAUGGUGUACAAUUGUUUGGCGGAAACGUGGGUUUUGGGCCCGCUGGCAUGCACUUUGUACGGCAUGUGCGGAAGUUUGUUCGGAUGCGUCUCCAUAUGGUCGAUGACGAUGAUCGCACUUGACCGUUACAACGUCAUCGUGAAGGGAUUAUCCGCUAAGCCGAUGACCAUGACGGGAGUCGUGUUGCGGAUUGCGUUUAUUUGGGUCUCGUGUGUGGCAUGGACCAUUGCGCCGGUGUUCGGAUGGAACAGAUACGUGCCUGAGGGAAAUAUGACGGCAUGUGGCACGGAUUACUUGAACAAAGAGUGGUUUAGUCGUUCGUAUAUUCUGGUUUACGCGACUUGGGUGUACUUUACGCCCUUAUUUACAAUUAUUUUCGCAUAUUAUCACAUCCUGAAAGCUGUCAUUGCCCACGAACGAACGAUGCGCGAACAAGCGAAAAAGAUGAACGUCACUUCGUUACGCUCGCAAGAAGCAAAACAACAAAGCACGGAAGCAAAACUCGCCAAAGUUGCUCUCAUGACGAUUACUUUGUGGUUCAUGGCAUGGACUCCCUAUCUGAUCAUCAAUUUUGCGGUUUUCGAGUUUGUCACCAUUAGUCCCUUGUCAACUAUUUGGGGAUCAGUUUUCGCGAAAGCUAAUGCCGUUUAUAAUCCAAUUGUCUAUGGUAUUAGCCAUCCACGGUAUCGUGCAGCUUUGUACAAAAAAUAUCCGUCGUUGGCAUGCUCAGCAAGUAGCGGAGACGACACUGUGUCUACUGUUUCAAGCGUCACUCAUCUCUCGAAAGAGCAGGAAGAGCCCAAGAAUGAUGAAACAGCCUAAAAAAUAUGAAUUUUGAUGAAAAAUGUUGCAUUUUACGUAAAAAUUUUAUGAAAAAAGUUGUUAUUCCAUAGAAAAUUCAAAAUAUACUUAACCGAAA